AUGGGCGGCGGACCAUCGGAAAAGGAACACGUCCUCAUCGCCCUCUUCGAACCCGAACCAAAGGAGAUAAUUGCCGAGUUGAAGAGGCGGUUCCCGCAUUUCGAAAUCACGUAUGUCCAGGUGUCGUUUCCAAAGGAAAAGGUGGUGGUGGGGAGUGAGACGCAGGGGAUAGAUGAUGAACUAUGGCGAUCCACCACGAUCCUCCUCACGCUGUUCACGCUGCCUAAGACGCCGGAUUUGGUUCCCAACCUCAAACUCAUCCACCUCUUCUCCGCCGGGAUCGACCAUAUCGCCAACCACCCGAUUCUCACAGACAGCCAAAUCCCAAUAACCACGUCUUCGGGAAUCCACGGACCCCCAAUAGCCGAAUGGGUGUUGAUGACGACGUUGGUGGCCAGCAAACAUUUUACCGUUCAAUACGAGUGGCAGAAACAACAUCGUUGGGCUCAGGACCGGUCGCAACUCCGCGGGACGAGUGAUUGGGUGGGGAAGACGGUGGGGAUUGCUGGGUAUGGAAGUAUUGGGAGACAAGUCGCCCGCGUCUUCUCAUCCUUAGGCGCCCAUAUCCACGCCUACACCGCGUCUCCGCGAACCACAUUGGAGUCUCGCGCCGACACAGGCUACUUUGUUCCUGGCACCGGUGAUCCGGACGGUAAAUUUCCUAGAGCAUGGUACAGCGGGACAAGCAAGACUGCUUUACAUACGUUUCUGGCCUCAGGCUUGGAUGCGCUGGUCAUUGCGUUGCCGUUGACGAGGGCGACCAGACAUUUAUUUGGGGAGGAAGAAUUCAAGUUGUUGGGAGGAGGAACGAAAAAGGCCUUACUAAUCAACAUCGCCCGCGGCGCCCUCAUCGACCAACCUGCUCUUGUCAAAGCUUUGAAUAACGACAUUCUUGCCGGCGCCGCUUUGGAUGUUGCGGACCCGGAACCACUACCACCAGAUGAUCCGCUGUGGGAUGCGAGAAAUGUCAUUAUUACGCCGCACUCGAGCGCGCUGGGGGUCGAAUAUACGUCUCGCUCGUAUGAUUUGUUCACGACGAAUUGGGAGAGGUAUGAGAGGGGGGAGAGGUUGUUUAAUUUGGUGGAUCGGAAGAAGGGGUAUUAA